AUGAAGUGGGUGAAAAAGUUAUGGAAAACUUCGUCAAUAGAUGUCUGGCUUGUCAGCAGGCAGCAGAUCUGUGGGACUGUGACAGUGGGUGAGUCACUGUUUGUCUCCGGCCAGCCCGACGAGCGGGGCGAGAGGAUGAUGGAUCUGGACUCCAUGCUGAAGGACCUGGGACAGUUUGGCAAGUACCAGGCAUUCUGCUUCACUGUACUAAUGUUUCCUAUCAUCAUGUGUGGUUUCCGGUCCACGGAGUACAUCUUCACCACAAUGAGUAUACCACACAGCAAUGGUCGCACUGUUAACUUGGGUAAAGUCCAACACCGACCAUCGUCCUCAUGUCCUACAACACUCAUGGUUGAGGAAGACCCUGUACCCUGUGCGAUAGGAAUUUUUGCUUAUUGUUCCUUGCUCGGUGUUCUUCCUUAUAAUCACAAAUGUCUUGUUCCUGAGUGUGAGGACUCUCCCAAUACAGCAGACUUCAACGCACCCUGGCUCCAUGCAGCAGUUCCUUUCACUGAUCGAGCAAACAAUCACGUUCCCCAUGAGUGUCUACGAUAUCAACCUCUGUCUGCGGCUGUGGUCAAUAACCAAACUGUGUGUUCUGCUGACAUGUUUAACCAGAAUGUGACGGUCACUUGCGAUGAAUGGGUGUUCUCUGAACCCACCAAGACCAUAGGAACAGAUUUUGAAAUCCUCUGUCCUGAAGAUCAGUAUAAGCUUACAUUCCUCAGUAGUGUCUGUGUGAUCCCAGGCUUCAUCGGCAUUCCGCUUGCUGGAUUAAUAUCUGACAGGGUUGGUCGGAAGACAGUGCUGGUAUGCGGCUGUGUAUUUCUGGCUGUGACAGGAGUUAUCAGAUCUUUCUCUGUGAACUACACGAUGUCACUCAUUAUGGAGUGUUUGGAUGGAUUCAUGGCAGGAGCUGUGUACUCUCCUGCCUUCAUUCUCGGUCUGGAGACUCUUGCCCCAAAAAAGCGUCUGCUGGGCAGUUUGCUGAUUUGUGUCUACUUCGCCCUGGGAGAGGUUGUGCUAGCCCUGGUGAUGUGGGCAAUGGCUGACUGGAGGCUGAUGUUGCGAGCUCUCUACAUACCUUCACUGCUGCUGGUGCUCAUUCUUUGGUUCCUUCCAGAGUCAGUUAGAUGGUUGCACACUCAAGAUCGAGUAGAUGACAUUGAGAAAAUCUUCGGCAGGAUGGCCAAGAUGAACAACACUGAAGACAAGUUGCCGAGUGUUCUGAGCCAGCUGCGUAACGCGCACACUCAGGAAAGACAAAAGCCUAAAACCAACAGAGCAGUCAGAAAAAGCACCAAAACCCAGCCGACUAACGGCGGUUUUGAAAUCCCGUAUCAUCAUGUGUCGAUUCAUCGCCCUCGCCUUGUGAUGGCCUCCAUCUUCUCCUACUACGGUAUCUCCCAGUACACCACCUUGUUUGAGAGCAGCAACCGCUACGUGUCCUUCGUAUUGGUCAGCCUGAUAGAGGUACCAGCCUAUGUAGCCAGUCUGUGGCUACCUGACUGGCCAUUGCUGGGUAGACAAGGCACCACCGCGUGGUCAUUCUUCCUCUGUGGCGUAACUUGCUUUCUUCUCAUGGUUGUUAGCAAGGGUCAAGUGGUGUUGGGUGUGUUCUUGUUCCUCACGUCCAAGUUUGCCUCUACUCUGACACUGACAGUGUUGUACGUCUACACAGCUGAAGUGUUCCCAACAGAGUUGCGCCAGACGUUGCUGGCCUGCUGCUCCAUGGUGGGACGAGUUGGCUCUAUUCUCACUCAGCAGACACCUCUCAUUAGCAUGUACUUCAAUCCGAUGAUAUUAUUUUCCCUGGUCUCAAUUAUGGGUGGUAUGCUCACCCUGACCUGCCCUGAAACUCUCAACACACCUCUUCCUGAUACCAUUGAGGAAGCCGAGAAUAUUGGGAAGCCUCAGAAAAAAGGACAAACUGUACCUCUUGCUGCAAAGAAGUAGAAUGAUUAUUAUGAUACAUAUUUUAUUCAUCACAAUUUCAUGAUGGCAUUACAGCAUUCAAAU